AUGGGCGGAGGAAAGUACGAGACGCAAAUGUGCGUCGUCAUUAUUGAGGAUAUUUUCGGCAAGGUAAUCGGUUUCUGUGUUUUUUUAAAAAUCAAUUUUUGAAAUUGCUCUGCAGAUCGUCGGAAAAGUGGUGGAAACGGUGCUGAAGGAGAGCUGCCAACUGCCCACAAUCAUUCUCAAGCUCAAAGGACACGUUUCCACAACCUUGGUAAUUUUUAAAAAAUUGAAAAAAUUAUUGUUGACCUGCUACAUACAUUGAUUUGUGUGAGCUUAUGAAUUAGCAAUUAAUGUAUUUUGAGACAUUAUUUCGCGCCUGCGUCUCUGCUUUUCCGCACGCAAAUCGCUUCUCUCUCGCCCCCACUCCUGAUAGAAACAGAGUUUCUGAAUUUUGAUACAACCAUUUGAAAAGAACUAUUGUUCCUAAUCGCAUUGAAAAUCUCUUUUGUAGUUUCCUUGGAACCGCGUUUUUUUUCUGUAUUUUUCCUCUAAACAAAUCUCCAAAUUGUAGAUCAAAAAGUCGCUGUCCACUCUGAUCAACUUUGGAUUCGUCACUUUCCACCUGGACACGAACAAUCGGGCGACGUACGUGGCAGACCAACAACACAUUCAACACGUCAUUUCGGCGCCACGGUUAGUAUAGGCAGGGAUGGGCAAUUGGCCUGGGCUUCUCUGGAAUUUCGUUAUUAAUCUAAUCGAAGUCUACUCGAGUUAUAUGGCGGCCUAAUAAGAUUGAUAUGACACCUAAUUAGAUUAAUACAUCUUCUAGUUAGAUUAAUAAGUGCUCAAAUCAAGUAUCACGCCAACCAUUUGUUGGCUCAAAUCUCGAUUGCGCCAAGAAAAAACAGCCGAAUCUAAUUAGGUCGCGUUUAGAUCAGUAACUUUCUAAUUAGAUUAAUAUCGAAUUGCCAGAGUUUUGAUCUACUUGCAAUAUUCGGACCCAAACUUUGCAGGCUCGGCCUGAAACUUGGAUCCAAGUCCAAGAAGCCUGCAAAGUUUUAUUUCGAUCCUAAUAUUGCAAGUGGUUCAAGAGUUGAAACGCAGACAAGCCCUCGAAAAUCCCAGCCCUGAGCUUGUCUCGACAGCCUUUCUUCGAAUCUCCGUGUACUUUCAGAGCGUGCCUGAUCGCAAAGACCCUGUACGGUCCGUCGGCGGAGGCCAUUUGUGUGGAGCUGUUCUCGCAGGGCCGUCUUUCGCUUUCCGACACGAUCCGCCGCGUGCAGGCCUCCGACGAGAGCGCCCUGCUCAGCGACGUGCGCAACUCGUUCGAGCAGCUCGCCGGCUCGCAGUUUGUGAUCCGAUGCGCGGCCGUGGAGGGCGAGUCCCACGGAUGUCCGCAAUUCGUCGCCAAGUACGAUCCGUUCACGUUGCCCACGCAGAUUAUGGGAAAAGAGGUCAAAAAGGAACCAGGUACUGUUUUUCCAGCUGUAAAUAGGUGGGGAAUGAAUUUCAAGCCAUCCAAGGCGAAUGUUACAGCCAAUUGUUAAAUUAGUAUCAAAUUCUAGAAAUGUUGGUAAAAUUCACAAUUUCCACAAAUGAAUAAUUGCAGAAGCAUCCCGAAAGCGUAAGCAAAGUGCACCGGCGGACGCGGACGCGGGCCAGUACUGGCGGCUGAACUGGCUCCGAUUCUCGGCCUACCUCCGCGACGAACUCAUUAUCGAUUACCUGAUCGGCGGCGGAACGGGCGUGCGGAAGGAGGAGAACGGAGAGGAAGGGGCCGAUCGGACACAGUACAUCACGCAGAACGUCGCCAGUCUCAUGUUCAAGAUCAACGAGACGAGGGCCAAGCCGCUGAGUAUGGACAGCAUCACGGCCAGUGUCAGUUUUUUGUCUGUCUGAAUUUGUUAAAAACUUUAAAAUGCAUUAUUUUUCAGUUGACAGAUCUGCAACGGCUCGUCAAAGACAAUCAACUGAAUCUGUCGAAGCCGGACAUUGAAUUGGCGUGUCAGAUACUCGUUGACGAAUCGGACGGCAUCGUCCGAAAAGUGGGCGAGUCGAACGGAGGACUCUUCACUGUCGGUACGCCCCUUUUUUAUUCUUUGAAAAAGUUCACACAGAAAACUGUGAAAAUGGAGAGCUAAAUUAUUUUGUGCCCCAUGUUUCGUACGAAUCACUCCAUCUCAUCGGCGGUCUUCCGGGAUCCACUCUUGCGUCAGAGUGGAGAGAGAGAGAAAUGUCCCAAUUCUACAGAUAUCCAACGGGCGAUGCGUCAAAUCUGCCGGCACCACUGCGAGUCGCUGAUCCGGGAGCAGUUCGAGGUACGGGCGAUCCGAGUGAUGCGUCUGCUCGAGAGCCGUUACUUCCUGGACGAGGAACAGGUCGAGAAAAUGAGCAUGAUGAGCGGCAAGGAGGCGAGGGAGAUGCUCUACGCUCUCGUCGAGGAGGGAUACGUCUUCACCAAGGUACGCGCCCUUUUUCGGGGGAAAAAUUAGAGAGUUUUGAGUAAAAUUGUUUGCAGCCAGUGGGCCGUAGCAACGACUUCCAACCGGCGCGGACCUUCUACCUCUACUACGUGGAUCUGCCGCGAACGGUCCGUGGACUGGUGGAGUACACGUGCAAACUGAUCCGCAACCUGAUCCUCCGGCAGCGCCACGAACGGACGGAGAACCGGGCGCUGCUCGAGAAGGACGCGACGAUGCACAUGAUCAUCGACAAUAUCCGGACGCAAGCGGAGCUGGACGAGGCGACGAAGAAGCAGCAGACGCAGGAGGUGGAGGAGAUGUACAUGCCGGCGGCCGACAAAGCUCAGCUCGGACGCUUCCUCAAGGCGCAGGCGACGCUUCUGGCCGCCGGCGACCAGUCCAUUCGUGUCCUACUCGCUUUUCGACUCUUUUUAAGCUCACAGCAGUCGUCCUGA